AUGAAAAUUGGAAACCACAAUAUAAAUUAUGCGAAAUUUGGACACGGACCUCAUUGUAUCGUCUGUAUACCAGGCGCGUUAGGAACUAUAACCUCGCAUUACAAGGACCAAAUAGAUGGGUUUGAUAAAGAGAAAUUUACAAUAGUGUCGUUCGACCCCGUCGGGUUCGGAAAAAGCUAUCCCCUGGAAAAAAUAUUUGUUAAAUCAAAUUAUGAACAGGACGCGGACACAGCUUACGAACUUAUGAAGCGUUUAAACAUACCUAAAUAUUCAUGUUUGGGAUGGAGCGCGGGAGGCGCGGCCAGUUUGAUACUUGCUGGAAAAUAUCCACAUGCAAUACAUAAAUUAGUUGUUUGGGGAACUAAUGCAUUUGUUCUUGAAGAAGAUAUUGCAAAUUAUAGAAAAAUUCAAGAUGUGGAGAGGUGGAGCACGCACAUCUUGAAGCAAAGAAUGAUUGAAACGUAUGGCAAAGAAAAGUUUGCUCAGUAUUGGUAUAAGUGGGUGGGACAAAUGGCAGACGUUUUGGAAGCUGAUCCAGAUAUAUGCAAAGAUUUAUUGAAAAAUAUUUCAUGUCCCACAUUCAUAUUGCAUGGAGAAAGGGACGCCAUAGCGCACAUCUCACAUGUUGCAUUUUUAUGUAAUCAUAUAAAGAAUGCAAAGUCCUAUGUUUAUCCUAUGGGAAAACACGAUAUCCACAUGCAAUAUGUUGAAGAUUUCAACCAGAGAGUUCAAGAGUUCUUACUUGAAAAA